GCGGCAGCAGCAUUGGUUGUGCGCCUGAGAGGCCGGCACAGAUUUUCUUUGACGCAGCGGGCUGCCCCCGGGUACCCUCUUGGUCCCCGCGCCCUCUAGCGCGAAGCCCCGUGCCCGCGCGGGCGCUGUAAGACGCGCGCUACCCCAUCGGUUGGCAUCGACCCGAAACGCCGCCGCGACCAUGGCCGCCAGCCAGCUCGCCCACUUGAUCGCCCAAGCCGACGCCGCCGGCGCGGAGAGUGAGUUGCACCACACGGAGGCGGUCAAACACGGCUACAAGGCAUUGACCUUCUCGGCGCACAUUAUGCAGGAGCGGAAGAUACUGGAGCCUAUGGUCCAGGACGCGCUCCGCGAAUCCGGGCGGCUCUGCGGCUCGCCGUUUGAGAAGCGCGCCAUCUCCUGGUUCGGCGGCGCGCCCGAGGACGAGCAGGCGCGCGAGCUCAAGCUCGAAGAAUGGGCCGCCGCGGUGGGCACUACCAAGGCCUACUGCACGUGGCUCGUCAAGAACGGAGGCAAGGCCAACUGGUGUGCUAAUUAUCGAAGUGGUCAACUACACGACUUCUGCCUGCUCGCCGAGCAGUUCAAGGAGGCGAACCCGCAGUUCGUCGACGGCCGCUGGUUUCUCUUCGACGCGCCCGACUUCACGGACGCCGUCGUCGACUUCUUCUUGAAGUGCCAUGGGCCGCUGUUGAUAACGAAUAUCACAAAAUAUUGCCGCGAGCUGCGGGCGAAGGAGCGGCUCAAGCAGGAGGGCCAGCGGUCCCCGGCGGAGAUCAAGCGGUUGGCGGCCGUGGAGGCCGAGGGCCUCGACAAGCUCGAAAAAGCGGUCGUGCGGCUGGGUGGCGAGGUGCCCGACCUGCGCGGCUGGAAGGUAAGAAAACACGGUUCAAAGUGGUAUUUGAACGGCCCGGGCGGCGAGUACUACAAGGGGUCGAUCUCGAAGGCCGCCGCGGCGAUCGUCGACGGCUCGGCGUCGACGUAUAGUGAUGAUCCCUUCAAGGCGGUCACGGUCGCCCAGCUCAAGGCCAAGUGCAAGGAGCAGGGCCUCAAGCAAACAGGCUUGAAGGAGGAUCUCAUCUCGCGGCUCAAGGACGCCGAGAAAGGCAUUUUCGACCGGUCGAAUCAGAGAAAGCGCCCGGGGUCGCGGGCCGGCGGCGGCGAGCCGCCCGCGAAGAGAGUGAGAACCGGCGGCAACACGACGCGGGCGGUGCUCGAGGACCUCUGCGACCUGGGCGGCGUCGCCUUCGUCCCAGGGACGUCGGCGCCGACGUUGGAGAACCGACUGAAUCUCUGGAUCACUGACCAAGUCGCCGCCGCGGCGCCCAUGACGACCAUGGCCCAGUGCGCUCGAGGCUCGGCCAUCGCCGGAGUCACGCUAUCGGUCGCAAUCGAGGGCGUGCUCAAGGUCAUGCCGGGGAUCAUCUCCUCCAAGUUCUGCUCGUGGUCCUACUAGUAGAUGCGCGUCGCUUGAGGGGCUUCGAGUGUGGUAAGAAACUUUUCUGUCUCCG